AAGCGCGCUCCGGCCGCAGAGCAGCAGAGAUCCUGGAGGAGGAGGAGGAGGAGGAGGGAGAGGAGGACGAGGCGCAUAUGGAGGCAGGAGCCUGAACUCCACCGGGAUGAGUUCACCCGGUUCCGGGAUGCUUUAACGCGCCGUCUGGAUCUGACGCACACCAACAAAACUGAGCCAGAAACCUUCCUGACUGCGCGCAAACAGAGAGAACCACCUGGGCUCCGGUUGGACUCCCGGUUUUGUGCAGUAAUUGCUGCUGCAGUCGGACUUCUGGCGCUGUUUCUGACGGUAUCGGUGCGGAAUGAGUGAAACCAGCGCAGUGGAAACUGAGAAACGUCGCUGCAGCGCCAGCGGAUUGUCUGGGACGGAUCCCGCUUCGCCGACUCUGAACUGAUCCUGAAUGAACGCAAACAUGUACGCUGGGAGGAAGCGCAGAAAACCGGCGCAAAGAGGAGUUAAACCAGUUCCCGCUGAGGGAACCAAAACCAACCCAUCGAAGCGGCACCGCGACCGGCUGAACUCAGAACUGGACCGGCUGGCCAGCCUGCUGCCCUUCCCAGAGGAGGUCAUCUCCAGCCUGGACAAGCUGUCCAUCCUGAGGCUCAGUGUCAGCUACCUGCGCACCAAGAGCUUCUUCUCAGAGGCGUUGAAGCACCAACCUCCCAAUGGCAUCAGCAAGAGCAGCGAUGGAGACGGUAGCGGCACGACGCCUGGAGCUGCAGAGGGCAGGAUAUCAGAGGGCGAGCUUCUGCUUCAGGCUCUGAACGGCUUCGUGUUGGUGGUCACGUCUGAAGGAAACAUCUUCUUCUGCUCUCACACCAUCCAGGAUUACCUCGGCUUCCAUCAGACUGAUGUGAUGCACCAGAGUGUGUUUGAGCUGAUCCACACUGAAGACCAGCAGGAGUUCAAGAGGAACCUGCACUGGGCCUUGAACCCCCCGGUCAGCCUGGAGCCCCCCACUGAUCCGGCAGGUGAAGAGCUGACGUCUUCCUGCCUGGUGAGCUACAACUCUGACCAGCUUCCACCGGAAAACUCCUCCUUCCUGGAGCGAGUGUUCGUCUGCCGCUUCCGCUGCCUGCUGGAUAACUCCUCUGGCUUCCUGCCGCUGAGCAUCCAGGGCAGACUGAAGUUCCUCCAUGGUCAGAGUCGGCAGAGUGGAAGCAGCCCUCCUCAGCUCGCCCUGUUCGCCGUGGCAACACCGCUGCAGCCUCCCGCCAUCCUGGAGAUCCGGACCAAGAACAUGAUCUUCAGAACCAAACACAAACUCGAUUUUACGCCUAUGGCCUGCGACGCAAAAGGGAAAAUCGUUCUGGGUUACACUGAGGCUGAGCUGAGAGUGCGAGGAUCCGGCUACCAGUUCAUCCACGCCGCUGACAUGCUCUACUGCGCUGAAAACCACAUUAGAAUGAUAAAGACGGGUGAGAGCGGGCUGACCGUCUUCAGGCUGCUCACCAAAGAUAACCGAUGGAAGUGGGUCCAGGCCAACGCCCGACUCGUCUACAAGAACGGGAAGCCGGACUACAUCAUCGCCACCCAGAGGCCUUUGGCGGAGGAAGAAGGAGGAGAACACCUGAGGAAGCGAUCUAUGCACCUUCCCUUCACCUUUGCCACUGGAGAGGCUCUCCUGUACCAGACCAGCCACCCGCUGCACGGCUUCCCUGACUCCUCCCACGGCAAAGCCAGAGGCAGCAAGUCCAAGAAGGGCAAAGUGGACAAGAGUUCCUCGGAUGAACUGAAACCCAACUCACUGCUGGGGGUGCUGAUGAGUCAGGAUGAGUCUGUGUACGUCUGCCAGCCAGAUGCAGAGUCUCGGACGUUGUACCACAGCAGCAGGCCUGCUGAGUCUGAUAGCUUGUUGAGCAGCACCACCUGGAAUAUUGUCUCCAACCGGGAGAUGGGGACAUGCAACGGAGACAGCUUUGACCCUCUUCUGUCAACGUUGGACUCUCUGUCACUAGAUGGAGGGGAAACUUGCUCGAACAGUGAGCUCUUCAGUGCUUUGGAGAGUCUGGGCCUAAACGCUGAUGACCUGGAGCUGCUCCUGCUGGAUGAGCGGAUGAUGCAGGUAGAGCUGGAUCCCAACCACGUUCCCACUCUGACCGACCUUCUCACCAAUAACGAGAUCCUCACUUACGUCCACGACACUCUGCAGAGUGAGAUGGAGAACGAAGUCCCAUCUUCAGACCGUGACUCUGCCCCCCAGCAGCCAUGUUUGAUACCUGAAGCCCCCUUGGACCCGCCCACCUUCAGCCAGCCCAUCGUCCAGCUGUCGCAGCAGAUGCAGCAGCACAUCCAGGCUGCCUCGCAUCCUGCGGUGGUCGAGAAUCCAGCUGGUUUAUCUGACAGUCUCUGGGUGGACCACCAUCUUCAGACCCCACUUAAUGGUCCACAGCUGGACGCUGAGCAUCUAAACCCACAUCUGGAGUCACCAUGGCAACUGCAGAUAAACACUGAGAACACAGCCUCAACGAGCUUCCAGAACGGAUCUUACCAGAACCAGAACAUGACUUUCCCCUUAAGCCUGGACGUUAGCCUCCCAGAUUACUCUUUAGAUGCAUGCACCACUCUGCUGAACGGCGAGGCAACGCUGGAUGUUCAUCAGCAUCAGGGUGGGAUGACCACAGCGGCUACACCCGCACAUCUGAGUCAGCAGAAACAGAACCCAGCUUCCUGUUUGUCCCACGGAACGGCGCAUCUGGAGCAGCAGCGGCGCAGCCUGAGCUCCAGCAUGUUCGGCCCCGCAGCAGACGGGAAGGUGGAGAAUGGCUGCCUCCUCAGCGCCGCCAAUGUAGGGUACAUCCGGACGUGUCAAAUUCCUGGAAGAAAUGGAGUGGAAGCUGUGACGGGCCCUGACGAAGCCUCCAACUUACAGGACCCCCAGAAGUCUGGAUUCUUCCUCUGACCGGACAAAGCAGGGCAGAGGUGGGACAGAUCUCAGCGUUUUAGGGAACGAUCAGGAACUUUGGACCAGAUCAUUUUCACAACCGUUGUUCUGAUGUUUCAUCUCAUCAUAAAACUGCUAAAGUAAGGAGAAAAGUCCAGGAGAAGACCUCUUUCACUGAAACUGUCCUGCUCAUUGAAGCAAGGCUAGAUUGUCCAGCCUGACUUCCUGAGUGAGGGGACAUCCUGAUUCAGAUGUCCUCCACUCAAAGGAACUGCUGGGAAGGUCUGAGGUUCUCUCUCCUCAUUACUGCUGCUUCUAUUCCACCUUUUAAGAUUAAUAUCCUCUUAUGCAAACAGAUGUUAGUUUAAUAUGAGCGCGGUCUGAGAUAAUCUGCAAAGCUCAGAGUCAAAGAGCAUUUAAAUCGUCUAAACAAGAAGCUUUAGUCAAGAGUUUAAUGUCGUCACGUGGUGCAAACACGGACAGGAGAUAAACGGCAGCGUCUUUAUGGUCUAUCAGAAGAAAACGAGACCCCUGUUGGAGAUUUUAAAACAAUCUGCAGUAUCUUAAAUGAAAGUAUAUCUAGUAUUUUGAAGAACAUUAGGUGUGGUGUUGAGUGGUUAAAUUAAGAAGAGAUUUAAGCAGAAGGCUAAUGAGAUCACUUAGAUAUUCUAUAGAGACGCAGUCAGAGAGGACUGGAUUGGUUGGAGAAAAUCGAAAAGCAUUUUUUUUGUUUGGUUUCCAAACUGGAGGCGCGGGCGGAGCUCCAGUUAAUGCCUUGUCCUGGAAACAAACACCUGCCGAGUGGAAGAAAACCCAACUGCACUCACAGGCUCGGCAGACAUGAGGACCUAACUGUAAAUAAGUUUUUUGCUUUGUUUGUUUUCCUGAGUAUUGAAUUUACAACAGAGAGCACUUAAAACACUGACCGUGUCUACGGGUUCUGUUCAGUCAGGGUAAGAAAAUAAUUACACCCGCUUUUAACUUUAGGGUAUGUUGAUUGGGUUCAUUGAGGUUUGAGGGUCCUACCACAGCACUGGUUGAGGUGUAGACUUUAACUAGGCCAUUUUAACACCUUGAUUCUUUACUUUUUCAGCUGUUCUGUUGUAGAUUAGCACCAGUCUUUGGGUUCACUGUUGCGUUGAUGACCCAGUUUGGUCGGCAUUGGAGAGAUGUCCUCACAUUUGAAUUUGGAAAAGCAUAUCCUGAAAACUAAAACAGGGUGUACUUUUUUAAAAAAUUGACUGUGUUUAAAACCAAGAUGUUUCUCUGUUACAUUCUGGUGCUACUUUAUCAGCGGUUAAAGCUGGAGGCUCGAACCAAACCCUGAACCAAGACGCCAUCAGAGCUCCUCUUCUCGUACAUAAAGAGUCUCUAUUGGUUAUCGUUUCCAAUCCAAGUGAAUCUGAAGGUACCAAACAGCCACAAGGAGGCGGUUCACACCUGGGUCACCACUUGACUCCCAAGUUGCUUCUUGUCAUCAGAUUUUAAUGUCCGGUUAAAUAUGCAGAUCUACUCCAACAUUUACUGGUCUGAAAGAUACACAAACCAUCUGCACCUUUUAUGCUGAAAGUUUCUGGGAUGUGCCUUGGUUUUCUGGCACAGGAUCUACUUUUAGGCAUUUUCAACUUGGUUAAGAUCAGAGCUUUAGGUAGACAUUUCCAGAAGGAUAACAUUAGCAUUAAACCAGUCUGGACAUGUGUUUGGGAUCAUUAACCAGUAAGAACACCAAACCUUGUACCGUCCAGGUCUUUAUUUGAAGAGUACUGAAAGAAUUCAGUGGUUUAUAAGUUUGAGUCUAUAUGGCUCCCCUAUACAAUCCAACUUCCUCUGAGCAAACCUCUUAUUGUGACCAAACAGUUGAAUCUUUUUCCUUAGACCUUUGUCUCAAUGGCUUCUUGCUUCUCCAUGUGGGCAGCAGGAACUCUGUUUUGGUUGGCACCCUUUCAGUCCAUCUCUGUAGUUUGUUUCUUCAAAGAUCUAUCACUCUAGAACACAUUUGGUUCAUAUUCCUCUGAAACCCAAGAGCUGACGCCCUUUUUCCAUUACACAACUCUGAAAAAUUGUGUAGCAGCAAGAUUACCAAUGCCCUAUUUUCCUCUGCGCCCCUUGUUUGCAAUUGUGCUUUUUGCUUUUGUCUUCAGUUGGACUGGACCUCAGGUGACGUCAUACCUGACAAACCAGGUAUUACCCGGUACCCAACUGGAACCAGGUUUGGCAUUCAGGAACCUCAAACAUGCAACACUGGUUCAAAAUCACUUUCGGGAGCCAGAAUGGACUCCGAAUAUCGCUGGUGAAUAAAACCUUGGUGUUCCAGCGGUUUCUAGUUCUUGGCAGCCCUGGUUGUUCCUGGGCAUCCUGACCAAUUCCCUUUGCUGCCACCACUGUACGCUCCUUUCAUUGGACAGGGACAGUUUGUUACUGGUUUCAGAUCUUUGCACCGGUACAACUUGUAAUUAUUUGGGUUCAAACUACUAUUCAGACCCUAAAACUGACAGCAGCACCAGGUGAGAAGAACCUAACGCUCUAGAAGAGCUGCUGCCAUGUUUCCUUCCUCCCACUGUGACAGACCAGACACGCUGCCGUGACCCAGCCGUCUUCUUUCUGACUCAGAAGCUGUUUCUGUACCGAGACGGGUCGGCGUUUAGCAUUUAGCACCAAGUUAGAAACCAAAACUCAGUCAGAAACUGAACAGGGAGUAGAUCCGGUGUUGAAUGUUCUCAGAGUUUUUAUCUAACAGGAAGUAGGUGUUUCAGGGUAACCAGCAGACGACAAUCAAUACGACAACAAAAGGUAUUUACUGAUCUGCCUCGUUUGGUUUUAUUGUUUUUAUACUUUAGUAAUUUUUCUUAUAAAGCGGAUUAUUUAAGAGCACUUAUGAGAUCAAAUGCUGUAUGAAGACAAAUUAUAAAGCAAAGCAUUGUUUUCAAAGAAGCUAAAACGGUAUGGUUGUGUAUGUGUGUGUUAAGUGUUUGGAAAAGUGUUUACGAUCACUGUGCUUACAAACUCUCCCCAGCACUGAAGGGACUAAAAAAAUCAUUUUAUUAUGUAGAAAUAUUGUUAUAGUGUUCUGGUUUUAUGUUUUGGGGAGUUUGUCACUUUAGCUGAAACAAAAAUGGUGCCAUAAGAGUGUAAGAGUGAUCCGAAGCUUGCUUAGUUCAGUGUUUCACAAUAAAAAGGGCACAAGAGCAGCAUUUUCUGUGUUAAAAUGUGUUUUCUGAUGUUGUUCAAACCCACUUUGUCCGGCUGUUAAUUAAACCAAACUUUCCUCACACCGUUUUGUCCAUGUUAGCCCAUUUAUUUUGCAACUUUUCUUCACUAAAGCUCGUAGUUGUUUGUCAGACUUUUGUGAAAAAGAAAAAAGAAUGCAGUUUUUCUCUGAGAUGAGUGUCGAAAUGUCCUCUGAGAUGCUGGAAAUAAAGGAUUUUGUGCAAUCACA